AUGGGAGAUAACAAAGACACGGCGAUGUUGCAAAUGAUGAAAUUGCUGCAAGAGCAAAUGGAGUUAACGAGGAUUCAGGCGGAGGAAGGGAGGAAGCAAACGGCAAAGUUUGCGGAGUUGGUGGAGCGAUUGUCCGGAAACGCGCAACGGUCAACAAAGUUGGAAAAGGUAGAGGUUAGCGAGGCUUCCAUUAUAGCAUCAUUAGCUGAGCGGAUACCAACAUUCGAUUUCAAUCUUGAGGAUAAUCGCACGUUUCCGAAAUGGUACAAUCGUUAUGCAGAAAUGUUAAAAGGAUUAUCGGAAGACGGGAAGCGCCAACUGCUAUUGGAGAAGCUGUCUGAACCCUGCUAUGAGCAACUGGUGGCUGCGCUAAGACCGAAAAGAUGCAUUGAGCUAAGUGUUGAGGAGCUCACGGAAACUUUGUCGAACAUAUUCGACAUUAAACGGUCUCUUUUUGCAUAUCGGUUCGCAUGUUUGCAAAUAUCCAAAGCAGAAGAAACGCCUACGGAGUACGCUAACAGAGUGAACGAAAUGUGUGAAAAAGCGAGACUGGAAGAGUUAAGCGCUGAGGACUGGAAGGUCUUUUUCUUUAUAAAAGGGUUGGAUCGCCCCGCCGAUGAGAAAAUGCGGACUCAUUUUCUGCAUUUCAUGGAACGAAGGACCACGGAACAGAAGCAAACGACAAUAAAGGACUUAUUCGCUGAGUGGAUGAGGAUCUUAAGCCUAAAAAAAGACUCGGAAGAAAUCGAAAGGAGGUCUAUGGCUGAGGUGGAGACCAGCGAACAAAGCAGACAAAUCGGAGCAGGAGUCGGCAACAAAGAAAGGUAUCGAAGACCAGGGAAUGCUGGAACUGUGGUGAAACAGGGCAUUUCAAGAAGGAAUGUCGUAAAUCCGCUGCAAAACCCAAAAGGACGUUUAGCGUCGGUAAAGGGCCAGUGGAUCGAUUUCCAAGUGGAUACCGGAGCCGACAUUACCUUGAUCGGUAGAGUCGAGUGGGAAAAGUUGGGAAAACCAACUUUGGAAACAGCUGACGCCAAAGUCAUAUGUGCAAAUGGAUCCACAAUGGAAAUAGACGGUCGAUUCCAUACUGAUUUUGAACUAAAAGGAUCCACCGGUCAAGGUUGGAUAUAUGUUCGAAAAGAAGGAAACCUGCUUGGAUUAGAUUUUAUCAAUCAAUCCGAACAUAUGGCGUACCAUAUGGAGCGAAUGGAAGAGCUAGGAACUUGUGUCAAGGAGAAGGCCCACCUGGAAGUGAAAGAAGGGGACGAAGACAUCGUAAUCGCCGAAGUCAAGGUGUUAAAUGUGGAUUAUUUGGCUGAAGGGGAAGCGACAGCUACGGAUAAGGUGUUGAAGACCGUCAUCAAAUACUGGAAAUCGAAUAAUUGGCCAAGAAGAAAUCCAGUGAAUGAUCUGUGCACCAAUCAGUCGAGUUCAAGCAGUGACAACGACAAUACCCAUUCGCCACCGGACAAGCCAAAGUCAAACGAACAUCCCAACCAGAAGUCUUGCCAUGGACAAAGUCAACCCUCAAGUUCAAAACAUCGUCACAGUCAAAUACCAGUAGCAAUCGCAAAGGAGUCAGCAGGAUCAACACGUACAAAAGGUAGCCAGCGUACGGUGUGUGUUAAACCCAAGAUUGAACCGAACACCCAGGCAGGCCCUGAGGAUCGUGCCAAGGACAAGUCAGUUUACGACGCAGUGCAAGAGUUCGGAAACCCAUCGUACGAUUUGAUCCCAGUCCACAAUGAAGACCCAACUUAUAUCAGUCAGCAGCCAUAG